CCUGAUAACGCAAGGCGCGUUCCCGUUCUCUGAAUGGGGGCUGAGUCCAGCUUCUGACAGCUAGUCCACUAGAAUAUUUGCAGACACUCGGAUCCCCUCCGCCGGUCCGUGGUACUGUUUCAGAGAACAGCCGAACUCAACGGUGCACAUUUAUCCAGUCUGUCCAGGAAUGAGAAAUGAUGGCUGGAUCUGCAGCAGAGGAGAAAACCUUCCGACGGUUCCUGGAGCUCUUUCUUCGGGAGAUGAAAAUGCCUCUGCAGGAAAGCGACCCGCUGCCGAUGCGCCCCUUGUCGGACCUGGUGUCGGAAGACGAAGUGGAAGGGGAAUGUCUCGACCUGUGUCUCCAGCACCUCUACAAAUAUAACUGUCCAUGCUCCCUGGCUGCAGCUCUGGCCAGGGCCACAGCAGACAGCAUGCUGCAGACUGACCUUUCCGUCCACCACCUCAGUAAGACUGUGGAAGAUGGAGCUGAGCCAUUCCCACAGAUGGAGUCAGUCAAGCUGGCCCGACUGGUGUUUAAUAGAUUGUUUGAGAUGUGCUGCCUUUGGCUGAAGGAGCUGCCCUUCCACCGCCGCCCACAGCCAUACUAUGAAACCUCAAUCCAUGCCAUCAAGAACAUGCGGCGCAAAAUGGAGGAUAAGCACGUCAUAAUCCCUGACUUCAACACUCUCUUCAACAUUCAGGAUCAGGAAGAACAGGCUUUCUUUGCUGUGUUUGAUGGACAUGGUGGUGUCGACGCUGCCAUUUAUGCUGCCAACCACCUCCAUGUCAACUUAGUCCACCAGGAAUCUUUCAACCAUGACCCUGGGGAGGCCCUUUACCGAGCCUUCAAAUUGACUGAUGAACGCUUUGUAAAGAAGGCCUCACGAGAGAAUCUGCGUUGUGGCACAACAGGUGUGGUUACAUUCCUGCGGGGUCGGACGUUGUACGUGGCCUGGUUGGGAGACUCCCAGGUCAUUCUGGUCAGGAGGGGGCAAGUUGUGGAACUGAUGAAACCACAUAAACCAGACAGAGAGGAUGAGAAGCAGAGGAUCGAGGCUCUGGGAGGCUGUGUGAUCUGGUUUGGGACAUGGAGGGUUAAUGGCAGUUUGUCUGUAUCUAGAGCCAUAGGUGACUCGGAGCACAAGCCCUACAUUUGUGGUGAUGCAGAUCAUAGCAUCUUCCCAUUAGAUGGGUCAGAAGACUACCUGAUAUUGGCCUGUGAUGGUUUCUGGGACACUGUGAGUCCAGAUGAAGCAGUGCGGGUAGUCAGUGACCACCUCCAAGAGAACUCGGGUGACACCACCAUGGUAGCGCACAAGUUGGUGGCAUCCGCCCGUGAUGCAGGCUCUAGUGACAACAUCACUGUCAUAGUUGUGUUCUUGAGGGACCCACGGUCCCCACCCCCCACCAGCACUGAAGAUGAUGAAGAAGGUGUGGUGGAAGGAGAAGCAGAAGAGGAGGUAGUAGAGGAGGCAGUAGCAGCAGCGGAUGAGGAGGAAGAAGAAGAAGAGGAGGAGGAGGAGGAGGAGGAAGAUGCAGUCAGGGUAGAGCGUGAUGGUGGUGAAGGAGGCAGCACUGCGGACAUUGGGGUGAAAGGUCGCAGUGGGUGGCCCCUGCAGCAGUGUUCUGCCCCCGCUGACCUUGGCUAUGAAGAUCGAACGGACUCAUUCACGGACAGAACUAGCCUCAGCUUCUUGGGGCCAUCACUGAAGGGUCGCAUCUCCCUGACCCAGGGCCCACGGCAGCCCUGUUUCAGUUUUCACCCUGACCUCCGCACGGCCCCUCACCUCUGCCAAGAGGAACGUCCAGUAAGGCGCAGAUCAUUUAUCCCUUUUCAGGAGCCCGGAAUCCAUAGCUUCACGGACCCACUGUGGCCCCAGAUAGCUGUGCUGUUGGGCCAGACAGUGAGGCAUAGUGGCAGGCCUGGAUAUGGUACUAGGAGGCUGGAUCGGAGGAGGCUUGGUAGAUCCAGGGAGAUGCUAGGCUUGUCAUCGUCCACCAAUUUUCUGCCCAACAUGCAGCGGUACUCCAACCACAGGCCUGGGGUGGCAGUACCUCAACUGCCUUAUGAUGCUGCCAUCUGAAGAGGUCACUCAAACCAACCCAUCUCCAUUUAUUCAGUCCAAUCCCUCAGCUUGCCCACCACCUCUGCCUUCAACAUGUGUUUCUAUAAUAAUAAUAGGUAGUUGUGGCUCCUGCACUCAGUAACUGAGAUUUAAUGUCUUUUUCUUUUCCUUACCCCAUGACUUUCCCCAUGUAUACUGGCUCACUAAACACAAGCCCUGUUCCUUAUUGCAGCCAGAGCUACAGGCACAAGUUGAUGAGAAGUAUUCAGAAGGAAUGUAAUAAAGUCUGCUCUCUUAGGUGUUAUUUUAGAAGACAUAGAACAUACUCUUCACUGCUAAUUGCUGAGGUAGAAAUGUUGACUCUAAAAUCAGUCAGAGCAUAUCUUUAAAUUUAGUUUAUCCCUAGCUGCUCAACACUCUAACCAGUGUUUCUUGACAGGAAUUUUAUUUUUUACAUACUAUUGUGUACCUUCCUCUUUCAGUAUGCUAACAGAAAAACCGUAACCAGAUCUAAAUCUAAUCAAGCAUCUUAAAAAAUAUAACAUUACCACCUGCCUAAUAGUGGAGGUCCCUCUCUUCUUGCCAAAACAGGUCUGACUCCAUGAGAAUGGACUCCACAAGACCUCUGAAGGUGUGCGGUAUCUGGCAAAACUGUUUGUCCAGCACUUUCUGAAGAUGCUUGACUGGAUGCUUGACUUGUGAUCUGGUUGUUUUUCCUUAGACCACUUUUGGUAGGUACUAAUCACUGCAGACCAGGAAUACCUAACAAGACCUGCAGUUUAGGAGAUGCUCUGACCUAGUUGUCUGCCAUCACAUUUUGAUCCUCGUCAAAGUUGCUCAGAUCCCUACGCUGCCCUUUUUGCUGCUUCUAACACAUCAACUUCUAAAUGUUCACUUACUACUUAAUAUAACUCACCCAUUGAUAGAUGCCAUUGUUAUGAGAUAAUCAACAUUAUUAUGACUUCAUCUGUCAGUGGUCAGAAUAUUAUGGUUUAUCAGUGUAUAACUGAUUGAGUUGUCAAUGUCACUCAGUGUCAUCAAAACUAAGGUUGAUAGAGCAGAAAAACAUGUUUCUCAGCCUCUGAGAGAAAGUAUACCUAUACAUUCACAUAAGAGUUGGUGUUUGUGUUUGACCAAAAGGGGUGCGCCAUAUCCUUGGCACUGAUUAACCUCAAUGCUAGUGUGAAUACUUUUUGAGUUAAAUAUAUUAAUAAUAUUUUGUAACAUUAAGAAACAACAUUAGCAGUUUUAUAAUGAUCCUUAAAUUUAAGGACCAAAAAUAACAAAACGUGUAGUGCAAGUCAAUAAGUGUGGGUUCUAAUUGAAAUAAAAACAAAUGGAAGGACAUUUCAUUAUACUCUAUGCUUAGGAUUCACAUUUAAUAGUGCAUGUAAAUGUACAUUCUAUUUUUUAUGUUUCUUUCUGUGUAUGUAAAGGUGAAGUAGAGACCUAGUCCAACAACAGAAUGGAAAAGGUUAAAGGAUAGGUUUGGUGAGUUUCUGUUCUUUUGCUGAAGUCUACAGAUGCUUUGUCACAUCAGCGGUAUUGUCAGUGUAUGCAUGACCUGAUCUGUUUGUCAGUCUGUGCCACAGAGCCCAGUUGCUGUCUCAGAAUUAAUAAAAAUCCAUCAUUGAGCCUCGCAAUCACAGUGAGUGAUGCACUUUUCUCAGUCUUAGUAAAAGUCAGUCAUUUUCAGAUGACAGUGGAGCUUUAGGACAGCACCAAUGGCAGCUAAAUUGGGCCAUGGAUACAGAGACAAUACUGUUCAUAGAAUGAAUGUAUGGCUGGUGUCGUUUCUACUGUUAUAAAUAUCAAGCCAAGUGACACAUAUCUUUGGUCUUGAGAUAACUAUCAAGAAUGUUGAGUAAGGAUGUAGAAAUGAAGCUAUAAUGGCCUCGACUCCCUCUGUUUCAGGCCUCUGAUUGGUCACAGAAGAGGUCAGAAUAACUGUUCCUCUUGGUUUUGGGACAUGUUAAUCUGACCCCUUCCAUAUAGAUAGUGACCCCGCCAUUAUCUGUCCACAGUUUGUCUACAUAUAAAAGCACUUAACACCAGAUUAAAAAAGAUUAGUAGUUUUUUCCCUUGAAAUAAUGCUUUAUGAAUUCCAGUAUUCCAGAUGGGUAGGGGCAGAAGGGCAGGAGUGGCUUUUCAAAAUGUGUUUUAUUAUUUUUGUUCUUGGGCAAUGUAGUUACGGCAAGCAUCUCAUACUGUAUUUACUUCUAGUCAAAACCCACUUAACCCAAGUAGCUUGCUUUCCAAAAGGUUGAUAUGAAGUGCAAGUGUUUCAUGUUGGUCCACGAUAGUUUAAACUGCAGAACACGUGCCUUCCAUGAACUUAUAUGUGUAACUAAAGCCUACUUCCUUCACACCCUAACACACUAAUUUACUAAGUUCAUUAGGUUCAUUUUUAAGAGGACCUCAAAAUGUGAUCAGAAAAUUUUAAAGGUAGAAGUUAGUGUAUUAUCCGUCUUACUGUCGGAGUUCUUCUCUGAGGUUGGCGGUAAUAGCACAAAUCCUUUGUAACAGGAUUGUCUUCUGAUUGAAUCGAUACAGAACGUGACAGUUUUACCCCUCACUGUUGUUAACAAGUCAUAAGAAUCUACAAACUGUCUCUUAAAUGACUGUAGCCUAGUUUGUGUCUUCACAUCUGGAUGACUGAUGAUAGCCAGUUUACCAUUAUAGUAAAUGGUUUUACAUAGCCGUAACAAUAGUCAUUAAACCAAAUAAUCUCAACACUAAUUUAACAUAUCCAAAUAAAGACAUUAUAAUGAAAAGGUUCAUACUCAUAUUAUUACUUGACUAACAAGACCAUAAUGCACAGAAAUAAAUUGAUGAUAUUGGUCUGUUUUUCAUAAAUGUGUAUUUUACAUCCUGACAUUAUUUUAGUUCAUAGACUUAAAGAUAUUUGUGGCCAUGUCAGAAAAGACUUAGUGGACAUCAAUGCCUUUUAUUACUGCUAAAAUCUUUUUCUUUAGAGAGAAGUUCAACACGACCAGAGUGAUUUUCACCUCUUUUAAUACUCUUUCACCUCACUCUACAAAAAGAUGGAAUAUGCCAAGGUAAUGGCUGUUUUGGUGCUGAUGAUGCAUACAACCAUUUAACACUUUACUAACCUUACCACAAAUUUAGAUUUUCUUGAAUUACAAAAUUAUAUUUAAAUAGUCAAAUAUCAUAUCAUCACCUUCCUGAAAUAAUUACUUAAGUCAUUUUUUGACAAAAAGGACUUCUUCUUUUUUUGUAAAUCAUCAAAUACUCAAUUUCUGGUUAAGUUUUUAUGUUUCCUGAAAAAUGUACUUGGGCAAUGAUUUUAGGAUGGUGACAUUAUGUGUAAAUGGUGGCACAAUUACAACAGGAUCAAAGAACUACUUGUCUCUCACUGUUGACCGCCAUUCAUAUUUUUUCCGAAUGAAGGCCUCAUUGGGUGCACUGAAAGGGUUUGGACCGCAGAGAAACAACAGAUAUUUGCAGGCAAAGGGCGAGGACCUCAGUUCUAAUGGGAAGCCAAUGCAGAUGUAACUUCCAGUGUAAUACCACUGAUGACUGCAAGAUGCUGUUCCCAAAACCCUGGCUCACAUACACUGAUCUACACUGAUAAUUGAUCUAACUCUUAUUUAAGCUUUGAGGUGAAACUCACUGGGUAUAAUCAAACUUGCAAUGUAACUAAACUACACUUUCUGUCAGUUGUUAAGGACACCCCAUGUAAGCAAUAAUGACACUUGAAAGGCUCUCUGAUGGUGUGUCUUUCACUUCAAGAUGCAACUAAAUUCUUCAUUUUGUGAGCCAUACCUGAAAGGUCACUCCUCAUUUUCCCUAUAGAGAAAAGGAUAAUACAUUAUAAGUACCUGUGAUAAGUUACAUUUAUACCUCCUGUACAUGUUUGUAAUGUAGCCAUCAGUCACUUUGAGUUGAACUAGUAAAAUGUGACACUUGACAUUAUCUGCACAUCACCUCUACUAUAAUCUCCAUGUUUCAGUUCUUUGAAUUCACAAUAUUUAUGGAAAAAUCUUGACAGUUUGUGUUUGUGUACAAUUUGGAGAUUGCUUAAAGGUAUCACUUAGACUUGGUGGGGGGAGGGGGGUGGGGGAGUGGGGGGAAAGGGGUAAAUGAUGAUUGGUAAAUCAAACCAGCUGACCUCUCCUCCUUGUCCUCCAUUAUUAAAGACAAACCCCAUUACUGUCUUCUACAUGCAGGUUAGGUAAAACUCAGUAAAACACAUACUGAGUGCCUGUAUUAUCUGUGUUAUUUAGUAUAUAAAUAUGUGUAUUGUAACUGGUGACUAAUUUUCAUGCAUAUAUAUAAAAAUUAGACCAAGU